CCCCCGGCCCGCCUCCGGAUGCGCUGCUCGGUUAGCCUGGGGAGGAAGAUAAAGACAUUUGCAACCAAGAUGGUAAUCACGGGUGGAAAUGAUGAUGACAGAGGAAGCCAAGAAAAAGAGAGUAAAGAAGAGAGCGUGUUGGCCAUGCUCGGGAUCAUCGGCACCAUCCUGAACCUAGUCGUGAUCAUCUUUGUGUACAUCUACACCACGCUGUGAGCAGCCCGGGAGGUCCUCAGAGGCCUCGGGGUGGCCAGAAGAUGGGAGUCCUGUGUGUCCUCCAAUCAGUGACCCAGCACACACGGCAGGCACUUGACCCACACACACGACUCACGAGAUGCACCUUUGAACGCCCUAAAAGGUCACAAAAUUAAACCAAUCUUGCUGCAAGGAGCAGACACUAAAGCACAAUGAAUCCAACAAAACUCAUUCGCACAACCAGGAACUCAAUGUCUUGGGCAGGGGGCCUGGAAGAACACCUGCAAGACCAGCCUGGGUGCCAUCGCUAGUGGGUGGGCGCCGAAGCCCGUCGCCCCGACAGCUGGCGAGGUCACGCCUUCGGAAGGAGGAAAGGACGCAGCUCGUCAGCGCGUCUCCUGGACACGCGUGUCGCCUCCACACCGUGAGCUGUUUAGUAUGAAGCCACGAGGGCCGUUCUUGCAGGAUCCCACUCAUCAAAAGUGUCUAAACUCUUUGAUACCAGGGAGAUAACUUAUUUUUCUUUUUUCAUUGGCUUGACGUGUGUAUCUGUUCAUAUCAAGGUUUAUAAAUAUAUAUUUUUAAUAAAUGUGCUCUAUUUUUUAGCAUGAACCAAAUAUUUGGAGAGGCGCUCCUGGAUUCAUAGAGCUUCCCUUGGUCUUACCUGCUUCGCCCCCCUAGACUGCAGAUGUUGUGUCGUGUAAUCAUCCCAGACUUACCUCUCUCUCUCUCUCUCUGUCUGUCUGUCUGGAGGAUACUUUUCCAUAAUACCAGCUGUGGUCUUGGUUGGUGCAUGUUUUAGGAUUGUCUGUUCAGUGGCUUUUUGUUGUUCUAUCAGAGAUAGCAAAUGAUCGUGGGCAUGUGGACCUUAGGUGCACCAAACCCUUACUGAGAAUUAUGCAUGAUCCAGGGCUGAGUGAUAGAUCAGCUUUAAAAACUUUCACCAGGACUCGUGUCAGGGAAGAGCGUGGCAGGGUCUGCAGAUGGUCUCUUUGGUGGAAUGUUCAGCUUCCCUGGGUGGCUUCAUAUUAUUUCACUCCUGUGGCCAUUUGUUAAUGAUAUUGUGAUUUCGAUGGCCAGGCAUGGCGGAAGAUGGGGGAGAACAAAGUGGGGCACUCAGCAGUAGGUGCAUAAUUCCUUCCCAUCAAAGUAGGUGGGUGCUGUGACCCACCCCCCUCGGUGAAGGCUCCUUCUGGGCUUUUCAGGCUGGGAGGACUCCCCUGUGGCAGGUGACUUUGUGAGGGCACUAGAAGGGCACAUAGCGAUCACCCUAGAGGAUCGCUGUGCUUCUUAAAGCUCCUAGUUUGCACCCACAGGAAGCGGCUGCUCCCUGGCAGGGGUGGUUGGGUGAAUACGAAUGUGCCCUGUUCUCUGCUCCCUGAGAUGCACCUUUUCCUGGCAGCAGUGGCAUGGCCUUAAAAAGGGGUCAGAAUUUAUCUGCUAGCACCAGCCUCCCACAUGGGCAAAGGCAGCAGCAGCCUGCUGAGUUGGAUUUGAACGAUGCCCAGGAAGUCUUUGCUGCCAGAUUUCUCACUUGCCAUGUUGUAGUGUCUGAAAUUCCACCAGUAGAGAGUCAUUUCUCAGGCCUCUCUAAAGACCAGGCUCUUUUAUAAAUCAAAUGCCCCUGCGCAUCUGGCUCUGACAUUGAUUCAUCAGGUGUUUUCUCUUCCCCGCCAGAAGGAAGGAAGCUGACAGUGUUUAGGGCACACCGCGUGCCACACACUCUAUAGUCCUUAUGUUGUUGGGCCUCCCAGGAGUCCUGGGAGGGAGGGAGUCUUCCCCCACGUUGUAGAAGAAAGGGGAACCCCGAGAGAUCAGGAAACUUCCCCAUGAUCACAUGGCUACGGGCGGAGCGUCAGGACUCAAACCCAGCUCUGUCUUGUUGCUUGGUCAGCCUGCAGGCUGCUGGGAGGUCCUGGAGGGCCCCCGGAUCUGUGGGAAGAGAGGAAAUGGGGGAAGAGGGCAGGAAGGGCUGUUGGGGUCAGGAAGCAAAUCGAUGGCUUUGCUGAGGACUAGCUCUGCACCCCCCCCACUUCCCCCUAAACAUAAACCCGGACUCCUUAGACACUGGCAGAAUAUCAUACAAAUGAGGAUGAGGGAUAAGAGGAGGCUGGUGCGAAAUGCAAGGCAUGUUGGAGGGAGGGGUGGUCUCGCAGGCUCUGUGUGCUUCUAGAAGGACUGUAUGAAAAUUCUGAGCAGUGAACGGAGUAAACAAUAAAGGUGC